CGGGGCCUGUAGCCGGGCUCUGCGCUCCUCUUGACGGCUCUUUACAGCGCUGUGACUCAGAAACACUGCUGGCCUGCUGCCCAUUUCCUGCCUUUUUGAGGUCAGUUUUAAUUCGCUUACCCGCUUCCGCAGAACCACCCAAAACCACCCAGAUAACCCGGAGAACCGAGGAGCUGCCGGAGCUUCUGCCUGGACUUGUUCUGGCUUGGUGUCGGCACUGUUUCUGCUGUGUAAGGUUUUAAAAAGUUGGUGAAGAUCUUUUGAAAAAUGGUGUCGAAGGUGGAGUGCAGCAGUGUGAUCAUUCUUCUCAUAUGUCUGUUGAAGAUCGAGAACAUCAGAGCACAGUGUACAAAACCCAGUUUUGGGGAAAACAGGGUGUUGACUCCCGAAUCCGAUAGCAAGGAAUCUUUCCCAGAAGGAUCUACUGCUGAGUUUCAAUGUGCAACUGGAUAUGUGACUGCAAAUCCUGGAGCUUCCAAAACAGUUACAUGCACUGGGGGCACAUGGUCAGAUCUGGCCCUUCAGUGUAAAAAAAGGUCAUGUGGACCACUUCGAGACAUCCCUUUUGGAAGAUAUACAUACUCCCCAGAAGGAGAUGAAGGACUUUUAUUUGGUGCACAAGCCACACCAGAAUGUGAUAAAGGCUAUGAGCUUACAGGAAAGACAAGAACAUGCACAGUAAAAGGCUGGGAUGAUAGAGAUGCUACCUGUGAAGAGGUCAACUGUGAACCACCACCACCAACUGUUCCAGAAAAUGGAAAACCAACUGAACCACUUGAGGAUGUUUAUAAAUAUCAAACCGUAAUCACUUACUCUUGUAAUGAGGGUUAUGUUCUUUCUGGACACGACUCAAUAUCAUGUUUGGAAACUGGACAAUUUGAGACUCCUCCAAAAUGCAUAAAGUUGUCCUGUGGAGUUCUGGAGGUCGAUCCAAAUGCAAUGACAACUGGAGCAAGGCCCCCUUAUAGUUUGGGCAGCCUUGUAACUUUCGUGUGUAAGACAGGCUUCACAAUGGAGGGCGCUAGUGAGCUGAAGUGUGUGGAAUCUGGAUGGUCUUCUUCUCCUCCACGAUGCAUUGAACAUCAGACCACAACAACAACAAGACCGCCUACACCAAGAACCACAAGGCCAACUACUAAAGAACUUCAGACCACAACAACAACUACAACAACAAGAGAGCCUGCACCAAAAAUCACAAUGCCAACUACUAAAGAUAAUUCUCAAAACAAAGCAACUCCUUCACCCAAUAGUGGAGUGAAAAUCGGCCUGGGGGUUGGAAUACCACUUUGCAUAUUGGCAUUGGUUGUAGGAGUGUGGUAUUACAAAAAAAGAUCCUCUGCACGUGGUUACUCUGGAAAUGUGGCUAAAAGUGAAGAUGGCGCGUUAUAGCACACUCACUGUCCUGAUCUGUGGAUCAUUUCUCUUGUCCUACCGAGUCUUAGUGUCCUCCUGCUUUCAUAAAGUGGAGGAAUGCCUUACGUGAAUGAGGUGGAUCAAUCCUACGCUGAACCAUGGAUGCCUGCAGCAAGUGCAGCGAGAGAUUCUUCUUCUCCAGGUCAUUUAUGUGUCUGUUUUAAGGUAAAUUCAGCAGGUACUGCUGGUUUCCCAAGAUGCAGAUAAACCAUGAAAUUGCACUUCAGAAUAGAUUAUUCUGCUUGAUCUGUGUCUAGAAUCAAUAUAUUUUGUAUGUUUUUGCUUAUUUGUUGUUAAAUCAUAUCUUAUUUAGGAAGACUUGUGUGUAUGUGUGCUUCAGUAGUCACGACAAGUUCUUAAAAACUAAUAUUCAGCAUCAGCAGCCAGAGCCUGAGCGAGCUGGAUAUCUGGAGCUUUCCACCAAGUAUGUGCAUUAACUGCCUAGUGAUGCUGCAUUAGUGCCAGUUCCAAAAGAAAGAGGCUUUUGAUGGUUUGAAUCCCAGUCAUGCAGCUUGCCAUCAGUUGUUGGAGCCCAGAGGGAGCACAGUUGGCCUUGCUCUCUCUGGGUGGGUACAGUAGACUCCUAGGGGGAUGUGGAUCAGCACAGGGCUGCAUCUGUGAGCUGAUGUAUCGGAACCAAGUCGCUGCGCUUUCCUCCGAGUGUUAGCGCUGUGAUGCUACUCGGCAAUGUUGUAAUUGGCCUUAUAAAUUGGGGAGAAAAUGGUAUUAAAAAUUAUAAAUAAUUUUUGCUGGGAGUUUUGGGGCUCAACUGGCUAAGCUAAAUUAAUAAUAAGCUAAAUAAAUAAAUGUUCUUUUUAACAAUAUGCUCAGAUAAAUAUAUUGCCAAUCUAGAUAAAGAUUAUUAUAAUAAAAUAAAAUAAAAUAAAAUAUUGUCGUAUCGCCCACCCCUACAGCCAGCCUGUUUCAGCUGUAAUUACUCGUGCUAAAAAUUGUAAAUAAUAAGAAAUCUGGCCAAUUUUUAACCAAACUUAAAAUGUUAUAGCCUUAUUGCCAACACUGCAUCUUAAUACAACCUUACACAGAGUUUUUGAUUAAUUAUUAAAUGCACUUAAAUACUGAAUGUCCAGCAUCGCUUUACAGUCACUCCUGCACUUCCUACAACUAACCAGCUAUAUAUUAAUCUUAUAAACACUGGUUUUAUUGACCAGUAGAUCAUGAAAGUUCUGUGUAUAUGCAGGUUUAUAUCAUACAAAAAGAAAAAGUGUCAUUCCUUCAUUUGUGUUCUUUAUGUUUAUGGUGCCAUUGUCUGCGCUGUGUUGGAGAAAUAAAAACUGCCACUCGGUGCUUGCACAGCAAAACUGUUAAUCUUAAUCUUAUCAGUAUUUAAGUAUAACUGCAGCAUCUUGAAUUAGCAACUGAUUGCAUGUUUUUGAGGAAGAUGGAGAGAGAUAAUUUGUUUGAUACUGUCUUUUGAAGGUGUUUCAGGUGUGCAGUUUAGUUGCUUGUGCCCUAAAGGUCUAGCUCAUAUUGUACAAUAUUGACAACCUGUGGUUUUAGCUCAUUCAAUUGACCAAUAUUGGCUUUAUUUAAAAAACAAUAGAAAUGAAUUGGUUUGAGGGGAAGCAGCUAAGAUAGACAGAAUCUGAUAUAAAGCAUAUUUUAACACAAAACACAAUCAUAGUUAGCAUUAAACAAACCUAACUUCUUAGCUUGAGGUGAACAUGAUGGAAACAGCUAGAAAUUGGACAAAUAGAUGUCCAAACCAAAGUUCUAAACCAAGCUUUAAAUAUCAUUGAAAAUUUAAGUAACUUUCCAAUUAAUUAAUUUAUUAAAUAACUAAUUUCAGUAAUUCAGUUCAAAAUGUGACUUAUCUUAUAUAAAUGUAGUACACACAGAGAGAUCUAGUUUAAGCGUUUAUUUCUUUUAUUGUUGAUUAUUGAAAUGAAAACCCAAAAAUCAGUGUCUCAGAAAAUAGAAUAUUAUAUAAGACCAAUUGGUACUUUUGGUAUCAGUGUGGGCAGUAUGCCUGCUGGAAAAUGAAAUCCACAUCUCCAUAAAAGUUAAAGUCAACAGAGACCGUUUAAUGGGGAUGUGGCUUUCAUUUUCAAGCAGGACUUGGCACACUGCCCACACUGCAAAAAGUACUAAUUUGUCUUGUAUAAUAUUCUAAUUUUCAUUGGCUGUAAGCCAUAAUCAUCAAUAAUAAAAGAAAUUCAUUUCGCACAGAAAUUUGAAACAGAACCAUUGUUUAGUUAAUCCGGACUGGACCAAACAAGCACUCUAGGAUUGUCUCUCUGAUUUUAUACUUUUUAGUUUGGCACUAAAACUAAUACUAAAAUGAUUAAAACAUAAUAAAUAAUCGUAGUGUCCAGUAUUAUGUCAUCGUAAUUUUUUUUAGACCCCCUUAAAUCAGCAUCAGCCAUAAAUGUACGUAUCGUCUGGAUCCCAUAGUAUUUUACAGUAUUAUUUAAUGAUUUCAUUAAUUUAUAACUUAUUUAUCUGUUGCUUGCCAUUUAUGAGUGAUUUGUGUUCUAAAGAUCCAGAACAUGCUUUAUGGGCUGCUCUAAAUUUCACACUUGGAAACACCCUCAGAAACUGUGUUAAAUUAAAUUAUUGAUGUCUGUGUACAAUUUAUUAAAAAUAAUUCUUUACAUCUCUCAUCGGUUUGUAGUGAUACUGGGUUGGUCUCAGUCUAAAAGGAGGUGAUGAUAAUGUGUUAUUUGUUAUUUGAUAUUUUAUUUGAUUCUGAACUUUGAAAUCUUACCGAUUUAAUAUAGUUUUGGCCUUUUUUGUUUUGUUUUGACUAAAAUCAGUAGAGAAAAGAAUGCUCUUGGAAAAGUUUUCACAUUUAAGUGUGCACUUUUCCAAAAAUACACUUAAGUUUUGAAAUUACACUGGAUUAUUUUUUUGUUUUUGUGAUUAAACAUUAUUUAUAAGCUCCCUGUAAUUAAAAUGAAUGUAAGGGACAAUUUUUUGUGGAGUUUUCUUUCAUUAUUGAAUGUGUUGUAUUAUUAUAGAGGGAUUGGGAUUGUGGAUUGUGGUUUCUUUUUUUUUAUCCAAUAAAUUUUGGAUGCUGAAGUGA